CCCAAUCUGGAUAAACUCUCUGUCACUCCAGAGUGGAAGAGGUCUAGGAUCCGAUCGAUCGAUUAGUAAGCUCUUCGUCUUCUCGACGCUUUUGGGUUUGUUUUUCCGAUUCAGGGGAGGAAGAAGAAUCACUCCGGAGGGGAUUUUGGAGUGUGGAUCGGUGUGAUUUUGUGGAUUUGUAGCGAUGUCUGGAGCGCAGGGAGCUCUUCCCCCGGGAUCAUUCACCGACACCACCUACGAGAGCCAGGAGGGCGCCAAGAUCAAGGAGCGCGUUGAUAGCAAGGAAGACGCCCAUGGCAUCCCCGUGAAGAUGGGCACGGACGAGCAGCACAAGGACGAGGCCGCCGGGCAUGGAGGCCCCGUCUUUGGCCAGCCGGACGCCAAGAAGGAAGACGAUAUCGGGGUCUCGGGCACCGCCUAGAGCGACACGUGGCAUGCCACGUUGUCCCGUGUGGAUAUCCAAGUCACCAAUGUAAUUACGUGUUAGGUCAAGUGUGUAUAGUCUUAAGUAUGAAAUGCACUGCUGGUCUAGUGGUAGAAUAGUACCCUGCCACGGUACAGACCCGGGUUCGAUUCCCGGGCAGUGCAAAUGUUUGGGUUCUUUAUUUUGACAUUUUUGAGCUCAAGAAUUUCUGAGUUCAGCUCAGCUGCGUCUGAGUGCUUCAAUUUAAUGCCUGAUUGGAAUUUGGAAA